AUGGAGAAACAACCUCCUACCCACCGCGAAUUACUUAAGCUCGUCGACGCAGGAAAAGGCACCCGACUCACUCCUGAACAAGUUGCUCAAAGGAAGAAAACCGGAGAAAUAGAGAACGUUGAAAUUGGCGAGGGAUUUGCAGUUUUUGAUGUCAUGGUGGAUGGCAAAAAAUAUUCGACUGUUGUACAGCCUCGGUGCGAGGAGUGUGAACAUUUUGAAAAUGGGAAAGUUAAAAAAUGUGCCAAACACAAGAAAAAGAGAAGAGCAGGAAAAGGGAAGAAGGAUGACGAAGGUGUCGAUGAUGGGUCUGAUAGAGAUAAAAUCGGUCCGCUCCGUCACAUCGCUGAUGAGGAAGAUGAGGAAGACAAGAUCGAAGGAGCUCUAACUCCUGAUGCUGUGAUGACUCCUGGUAUUGGAGGAGCUAUUAUCAUCGUUCCGGUCGAUGCGAAGAACAAUUAUAAGGCUGGUCCGUUGGCAAAAGGACUCAAUCACUGCAAAGGAAUUCUUGUUCGUGGUCCAGGAGGAACUCCUCAGUUCAUUCCGAAUGAUCGCUUGACCAAAGACCAUAAAUUGAGAUAUGAUAACUAUCUUGAGGGAGAACUCAAUUUGAUCAAUGGAAAGGAAAUCUUCGUUCCAAAUGGAUUGGGAGCUGCUAAGAUGGAUGGAAAGAACUCCCAAGAUGUUGCUAAGGCCGCUGUCGCCGAUAAAGUCGAUCAAAAAGUGAUUGAUGCUGUUGGAAAGGAUUUGAUUGUUGCCGUACAAGUCGAUGUUGCUGACAAUGGAAUGCCAGUUAUGAAAGUGUUGGAGGGUAAACCGAAGGAAAAGGAGACUCCAGUUGGAAUUAUUGUCAAAACUUCUGACAACGAAAUUCAGUUUGUUCAAAUCGCUGGGAAAGAACUUGGUGGAGGAAAGAAUGCCAAAAUGAUGCCGUGCACUAUCCCGGAGAAUGCAAAGACUGGAGACAUAAUUGCUGAUAUCUACAUCAAUGCCGAAGGAAAAGCAGUUGCCGCGAAACCAGGGGAAAUUCCUCCAGGAGGAAAGGCAAUUGGACAAGUGGUUGUUGGACUCAAUGAUCAACUUGUAUUCGUUCCGAAAGGCGAAAAUAAGGAUGCCUACAUCAAGAAUUGUGCCAAGAUGACUCCUGAAAUGAAAGCUAAAUUGGAAUUGGCUCAGGCCAAUGUUCAAGGAGCUGUCACUGGACAAUCUCCUGAUCAUAUUCAAGGACAAGUCAACCGUAUUGGAGAGACAGACGCUGCUGCUGCUAACGUCGCCGCUGCUGGAGGAGGUGUUGGAGGUGGAGGCGGAAGUUCUGGUGAAGUCCGUUCAGUUGGUUUUGGAGCUCAGCAAUUUGGUGGAAGCCAAUUCGCAAGACCUUCUCCAGCUGGUGGUGGUGGUGGAGCAGGUGGCGGGGGUGGCGGAAACGGAAAAGUCUAUCAGAAUGGAGAAGUCCGUUCGGUCGCUUUUGGAGCUCAAGGAGCUGGAGGAAGCGUUUUCGCUAAGCCAUCUGGUACUGCUGGUGGUGGUGGAUAUGGUGGUGGUGCAGGCGGACGAGCUGGAGGAGCUAAAGGAGCUGGAGGGGCUGGAGGUGGAGGCGGUGGAGCUGGAGAAGUCCGUUCUGUUGCAUUCGGUGGAAACCAAUAUGGAGCCAGUGUCUUUGCUAAAGGUGGAGCCGGUGGAGCCGGUGGUGGAGGUGGUGGAGCGAAGGCUUCCGGUGCCGCCAAGAAAGGAAACACUGGAUCUUCGGGAGCUGAUGUUCAAUCUGUUGGAUUUGGAGCACAGCAGUUUGGAGGAAGUGUGUACAUGAAAAAGUGA